UUGAUAUCAAUUUUCACUUCAGAUGCUCCUGGUGCUGAGUGUUCAGUUGCAAUCCUCGACAUGGACUCAGUCACCGAGGGUGCUUCCAUGCCAAUCAGCUUCAACAAGCCGGUCGAAUACGAAUUCACAAACCAACCAAACUGGGAACACAUAGAGAUAGACGCUCGAGAGAUAAGUGGUGAAAACAAUCAGACGGAGAAGGCUGCUGCUGCCACCAAUUCUAUUCAACUAUUUGAACAAAACCCGGUUAUUUCACAAGAUCUGUCAUAUCAGGCAGAAGUAGAGACCGAACUCAAAGUACCUGAAGCUGGACUGGCCGAUUGUGGGCCAAUCGCAUGCGAAUCUUUCGGCAUAUCUGAUGAUCAAGACGCCCUUGCCGUCACCUUGGCAGCCCAAGGUCAGCAAACUACUCAGCUAGGGGUUGAAACCACCUCUUCUUUGGCCCUGGUCACCACGUCUCAGCAGACACCCGAGGGGAUCGAAGGAGAUCAUCUGGGGCUAGGUGGAAGUCAGAAUUUGACCGAGGAGGCACUGGAAAGCCAGAUAUCAGCCGAUGAUAAACUUCCAAGCAAAGCGCUUUUAUUCCCCUGA